AUGGAACCUAAUGAACUUCCUCCGUUGGUUAGAGCACUAAAAGCAUCUGCAGAUAGAAAGCCAGCAGCUUUUCACUUUCCGGGCCAUAAACGAGGCGAAGCCGCCCCGUCAGCACUGAGCGAACUCAUCGGCAAAGACCCAUAUCUCCACGACGUCACCGAGCUUCCGGAUCUGGACAGGUUUUUCAACCCGAAGGGUCCGCUUCUCGAGGCCAAGAACCUGGCGGCGGAGCUGUUCGGAGCAAAAGAAACGUGGUUUCUAGUUGGCGGCACUAGCUGCGGUGUUCAGGCGGCCGUCAUGGCCACGUGUUCGCCCGGUGACACGAUUAUCCUCCCCAGAAACGCCCAUGUCUCCACCUCUACUGGCGUCAUAGUUUCCGGCGCCCUCCCGAAAUACAUUGUUCCAAAACACAACUCCGACUGGGAUGUUGCCGCAGGAAUCACGCCUUUGCAGGUGGAAUUGGCGAUUAAAGAAUCGAAAAACGAAGGCCGCAAACUGGCGGCCGUUCUAAUAACCUCCCCCACCUACGAAGGCAUUUGCAGCAAUCUUCGCGAGAUAUCAGAAAUUUGCCAUUCUCACGGAAUCCCUCUCAUAGUCGACGAAGCUCACGGAGCUCACCUAAAAUUCCAUCCCGACAUGCCGGAGACGGCACUCGAACAAGGCGCCGACAUCUCGAUACUAUUCUCACACAAAGUCCCUCUGCAAAAGCUGUUAACGAUCAGAGAGGAAGAUGAUGCUGCAAUCACAAAAGCUAUGACAACAUGA